UUCUGACCUCAUUUAUAGUGGGUGGAGAGUCGUGUCUUGCACCUCCCUCUUCUGCCUGAUUACACGUUAUUGUUUGGGCAAGGGUAAGGGGGAGAAGUAGACAUCAGUGAAAGAAAUAGUUUUGAACAAGAAACUUGCCUUUGCUAAAAUCUAUAGAGGGCGUUUGGACCUGUGGGACCGCCAUGCCUACUUACACAGUGACUGUUUCCACAGGGAGCCAGUGGUUCGCAGGGACAGAUGAUUAUAUCUACAUUACACUGGUGGGCACGGAGGGAUGCAGCGAGAGAACGCUGCUGGACAAAGCUCUGUACAAUGACUUUGAGAGGGGGGCGGUGGACUCCUAUGACGUGAGGGUUGGGGAGAACCUGGGUGAGAUAGUGUUUGUGAAGAUUGAGAAGAAUAAGUACUGGGUGCAGGAUGACUGGUACUGCAGGUACAUCACAGUCAAGACUCCAUCUGGAGACUAUGUGGAGUUCCCCUGCUUCCGAUGGCUGGUGGAUGACAAAGAAGUUGUGCUGCGGGAUGGAAGAGCACAUCUGCCUCAGGAUGAUAAGACGAGCAUGGUCAAGCUGCACAGACAAAAAGAGCUGGAAAAAAGGAGAAAAACCUACAGAUGGAAGGAGUGGCAGCCAGGCUUUCCCAUGAGCAUAGAUGCGAACAGACACAAGGAUUUGCCUCGCGACAUCCAGUUUGACACUGAAAAGGGAGUGGACUUUGUACUGAACUACAGUAAGGCAAUAGAGAACCUGUUUGUGAACCAGUUCAUGCACAUGUUCCAGUCCUCCUGGAGCGAUUUCGCUGACUUUGAAAAGAUCUUUGUGAGAAUCAAAAACACAAUCUCAGAGUAUGUGAUGCAACACUGGAAGGAGGACUUCAUGUUUGGGUAUCAAUUUCUAAACGGUUGCAACCCAGUUAUGAUCCAAAAGUGCACCAAACUUCCCGACAAGUUUCCCGUUACUCAUGAGAUAGUUUCUGUCAGCCUGGAGAGGGAGCUGACUCUGGAGCAGGAGAUAGAGGCAGGUAACGUGUACAUAGCAGACUACGAGGUCUUGGACGGCAUCAGUGCUAACUGCACAGACCCAUGCACGCUGCAGUACCUGACAGCCCCGAUCUGUCUGCUCUACAAGACCGCUCAGAACAAGAUCCUGCCCAUAGCCAUACAGCUUGGGCAGACUCCAGGUGAAGACAAUCCAAUCUUUCUGCCCACUGAUGGUCAGUACGACUGGCUGCUGGCUAAGAUCUGGGUCCGCUCAGCUGACUUCCAGUACCACCAGAACAUCACACACCUGCUCAGGACUCAUCUGAUGACAGAGGUGUUUGCUAUUGCCAUGUACAGGCAGCUCUCUGCUGUUCACCCUGUGUAUAAGCUACUUAUCCCACACAUUCGUUUUACCAUCGCUAUCAACACCAAGGCCAGAGAACAGCUCAUCUGCGAGUGUGGCAUCUUUGACAAGGCUAACGCAACAGGUGGAGGUGGUCACAUCCAGCUGAUCCAGAAGGCCGUGAAGUCUCUGACCUUCAGUUCUCUGUGCUUCCCGGAAAUGAUUCAGGCCCGCGGUGUGGACAACAAGGAGGAGCUGCCCACCUACUUCUACAGAGACGACGGCUACAGGGUGUGGGAGGCUACCAAGAGUUUUGUGUCUGAUGUGGUGCAUAUUUACUACGCUAGCGAUGAGACGGUGCAGGAAGACGAAGAAAUCCAGGCCUUCAUUAAAGAUGCGUGCAGCUUCGGUAUGCAGGACUUCGAUUACUGUGAGUUUCCAAAGUCCCUGAAAUCACGUGAGGAGCUGAUAGAGUAUCUGACCGCCAUUGUGUUCACUGCUUCAUCUCAGCAUGCAGCGAUCAACUUUGGACAGUAUGACUGGUAUUCCUGGAUCCCCAACGCUCCAUCUACCAUGAGAAGGCCCCCGCCCAACAAGAAGGGCCUGGCAAAUGUGAACUUGAUCAUCGAGAGCCUCCCUGAUCGUGGACGUUCCAGCUGGCACUUGGGGGCUGUCUGGGCCCUCAGCCAGUACCAGGAGGGCGAGCUGUACCUGGGCAUGUAUCCCGAUGAGCAUUUCAUAGAGAAGCCAGUAAAGGCGGCCAUGGAGAGGUUCAGGAUUCAGCUGGCAGAGAUAAGCAGCUCCAUCAAGAAGAGGAACGACGGAAAGAAGCUGCCUUACUACAACAUGUCCCCAGACAAAAUCCCAAACAGUGUCGCUACUUGAUAUUUUGCCAAUAGCACCUUAAAGUUAUGCUAUUACUGAGCUGGGUACAUAUGCUGUUAGAAAACGGUUUGUUACCUGAGUGUGUGAGUUUGAUACUUCUAUAGAUGCAAAUGCAUAUGUGCUGCCCAAAAAGUCAAUUUGCAAACCUCAACUUUGCUUCUAAAUAUUUGUUUUUGUUGUCACUUACUGGGGUGAAAAUGAGUCAGCAAUUAAAAUGUUUUCAUUUCUA